AUGGACGCGAGUACUAACGCACUCGCCAUCUUCCACUUCAUUCUCGAUAGCUUCAGUCUUAUACAGCUGGCUCGAGAGUUCGAAGAUGAGUUUGAGAGAUAUCAAAUAAAGCUCGACAUUAUUCAAUUGCGUAUCUCGCGCUGGGGUCAGGUCUCAGGCUUUCUUAACGACUAUGAUAAUAACUCAACUGUUCCUGGAUCUGUGGACAGUGGUGCUAACAAGCCAUCACCUGCAUACGAUACCGGUUCUAUGGAGGACCCCACUCAAUAUUUGGCGAAAGAGACGCUUAUUGCCAUCCGAGACACGGUCGUCAAAGCUAAACGGGAUGCCACAAGAAUGAGAACUGAGCUGACUCCAAACAUCAGCCAGCCGCUUGAAACGGAAACUCUUAUGCCGCCUGACCUGAAGGGAAUGCGCAACCGAAUGAUGAGGAUUCUUCAUGAAAGAAGGGUUCAGAAGAACAAAGUAGUUGUUGGCAUCAAAUGGGCUUUCUAUAAGAGAGAGCAUUUCAACACGUUUAUUGCAGAUGUCUCAUCGCUGACUGAUGAACUUGAGAAAUAUGCACCAGCUGACAGCACUGAACGACUUCAAAACAUCAGUAGUGAGGAAUGCAAGGGUUUAAACAAACCAAAUCUAGAGGAGUUAAGAGAUACCGCCGAAGGAUGUGACCCAUGGCUGGAGAACGCUGUGGAGAAAGCGCUCACGUUGAGACGGAGUGCUGCCACUUAUACAAUUAUGCAAUCAUACAAUACGGGUAUGGUAACGGGCGUUCAUCAUGGACGUAGCGAUGUAAAAGGCAUUAGCAAUGGGAAUAAUAACACGGUGAACAAUCAUUGGGCUAGGGCUUAG